AUGGGAUGCUGUGUACUGCACGACGAUGACAAUUCCAUUGAUGAUGUCGAUGAAGACAAAAUUGAUGAGAUACUACGUGAUGCCACCAAAAACCUUGUGAUUUUCUUUUGUGAGUCGUUUUUACCUCGUCCGGAGGCAAAGGUGUCUCUUUGUUCAGAUGAUGGCCGUGCUCAGUGUCCAUCAUGUGGAGAGGCAUUAUCUGAGGUAGAGGAGAUCGAUGACGAUAUUGAAGCUACCGGCUAUGUGCAGGUUGUUGAUUCACUUCGUGGACUUGUUCAUGUCGGCAAAGUGGAGACUUCUGUCAACGACGACGUUACUGAUAGAUUCCAUGUUGACGAGAAUGAUUGCCCUACGUUCCUUCUAUUUCAUCGUGGUAAAAUGUAUCGGUACAAGGAAUCGGCAAAAGACGUUAGAAGUUUGACCAAUUUUGCAAUGUACAAGUUCAAGGAACAACGAGGAAUGAGGUCAGUGUCUAUCUGCUAUCCAUGCCCUUCACUUGUAUAUAUGGAAAACGGCUAAUA